UCGAUGAAAAUGUACAAGUGAUGGGGGAGAUCCGGGCACCGUCCUGCAUGUUGGAUUUAAUCUCAUUGGACAAAAGCUAUUGUUUCUGAUCCGGUGGAGGAUUUUUUUUUUCUGUGAUAUAAAUUGUUUUUUUGUGUUUUUUUUUUUAUACAUCUUCCCUUCUUCUAUGGGAAUCAGCUGACAGCAUGGGGAUACUGCUAUUUUUCGCCGUCUUGCAAGUGGGGACAGUCGGUUUGGUGACUGCCGGCUGCCCGGUGAUGUGCGAGUGUCCGGUGGGGCCUGCAUCCUGUCCCCCAGGGGUCAGCUCGGUACCAGACGGUUGCGGCUGCUGCAAGGUGUGCGCUGCUCAGCUCAACCAGGAUUGCCACGAGGGGCGGCCUUGUGACCACCACAAAGGCCUGGAGUGCAACUACGGCAACGAUGUGGGCCGUACCCAUGGCAUCUGCAGGGCAAAGGCCGAGGGCCGGUCAUGCGAAUACAACGGGCGGAUUUAUCAAAACGGUGAGAAUUUCAACGCCGGCUGCAAGCACCAGUGCACCUGCAUCGAUGGAGCGGUGGGCUGCGUGCCCCUCUGCCCCAGCCACGUGCCCCUGGCGUCACCCUCCUGUCCCGCACCACAGCUGGUCAAGGUGCCGGGCCAGUGCUGCCUCACCAUCGACUGCCACAAGGGCACCACCGUUGUGCCCCAGGUGCACCGCCGACCCCAGCCGCCGGCCUACCCGCCUUACCCCUUCAUUCCAUACCCGGCCUACCCCUUCCCGAAGCCUUACCCGAAGCCCUACCGGAAGUUGUACCCCUACAAACCCAAAAAGGAGAAGGACGCCCUGGGCAACGAGCUGGUGGAGGUUGGGCGCAAGUGGGACAAGCCACGUGGAAACAAGCACCUGGCAGCCUGGAGGCAGGUGGGAGAUCAGUGUGUGGUCCAGACUACUUCCUGGUCCCAGUGCUCUCGGAGCUGUGGGAUGGGCGUCUCCUCUCGGGUCACCAAUGACAACGCCCGGUGUAAGCUGAUCAAGGAGACGCGUCUAUGCAACAUCCGGCCCUGCAGCUCCAUGUCUAUCCCCGUCAAGAGAGGAAGGAAGUGCUCCCGCACCCACAAGGCCCCUGAGCCCCACCGCCUGUCCUACGCGGGCUGCAGGAGCACCCGCCUGUACAGACCCAACUACUGCGGAGUGUGCAGGGACGGCCGCUGCUGCUCGCCCCGCCGCACACGCACCGCCAGCGUGAGCUUUGCCUGCCCUGACGGCGAGCGCUUCAGCAGGUCCGUGAUGUUCAUCCAAUCCUGCAAGUGCAGCGACGAGUGCAACCACCUCAACGAGGCCGCCAUGCCUCCCCAGCGGUGGCUCUACGGAGACACGCACAAGUUCAUCGACUAGCCGUAUCACCCCAUCCUCCCACCCCAACCUACAUUCCUUCACAAUAAAACAAGAGACAUCAACUUCCCCCAUAGUGGUCCCCAUUAUAGAAUAGCUGUCCUUAGUGUAUCUAUAAGUAGACGCAAGCGAGCUAAACAAGUGGAAUCGUCUUUUCUGAGAGAUUAUUUCAGGAGGAACGGGGAGGAGGAGAAGGAAUUGGACGGGAGCAAAGUUACCAGCCCCUGCUUUAGUGUAGAUAAAAAGUUGUUUCUGGCCUGGCCAGACUGCUACAGACUGUGACAAAAACAUUAUGCAAAAACGUGGACACAACCAGCCGCCAUGUUGCUGCCAUGCACCAAGACUGUCCCCUGAACUUUUGAGACUUUUGUUGGGGACGCUGGAGCAAGAGCUGACACACACACUGACGUAACUGUUGGUGUUUCUCUUGUUGGAGGCGUUGAUUCACAUCACAGUCACCAAGCAACAGGUCUGACUGGCCAAUAAGAGAAUUGGUCCGACGUUGGUUUGUAGCCAAAUAUAAAAACCUGCUGGAAUCAUGCAAAUCUGCGCACUCCCAAAAACGCAGUAUUGAUAAACCAAAUGAAAUAUCUCAGAGAAGACAUGACAGCGAAAAAUUGGGCUUGUGACGGUGGAAAAUGGAGGAGCGUCUCAGAUGUUCUUCCAAAAGCGGCCUGUGUCUUUUUAUGGUAUUUAUUCACUGGUAUUUAUUGUUGAGACAGACCUGAUGACACGGUGGCCUGCCACCAGGGAAGGGCGGAGCUGCUAUGUUUGGAGCACCAGCUUGACUGAAAUGGGGGGAGGGGGGUUUCUGGGGGUGGGACAAAACAGCUGAGAGCUGUCAGCAACGAAAGGACUCCCACAGAUCUGGGGCUUGACCCCCUCUCCCAGGUUCUCAUUGGAGGUCAGAGCUGUCAGAGAGCCGUAUCUAAUGAUGGACGAUGAAGGCUACGGUACAAGGAGGUAUGUACUAGGAAAAGACCGAGUUGAACCUGACGGGUCGAGGCUUUGUACGCAUUAGUGGGUAAUAUGUCAAAGGUUGUUUACACAGCUGGACUCAUCCCAUGCCUUGCCUCCGCGAGAAACUAAGACAUUUAGCAAGCACCAGAGGAACAAGCUUGGGAUUCUGGCGCCGAGACGUCGACCGCCUGAUUCUGCGCAAAUUACAAUCCAGACUCAUGACAGCGACAGCGAGAGAUCAGCCACUCUCUGGUUCACUGUAAAAAUAAAAUUUUAAAACGGAGUGUGCUGAGGUAAUCGUGUAAUUUGUGACUUGCGGGCGAAGCCGCUCUGGCCCUGUAAUCAAGCAGCAUGCCAGUUCAAUGAAACAAAACGAUACGUCCAUGCUUCUUCAUGUUAUUAGUGGCGUCUGUUGCUGAGGAAUGCUGUCGACGGCCGGGUUGUCAGAUGACGUCAACCGUCAUGGGCAGAGAGGAACUUUACGGCUCUGAUGACAGGGUCAAGGCUUCCGGGCGUCUUUGAAAACUUAUUCCCAAGGACAUUUUGGAGGAGAAUUCUGAAUUAUUCUCAUAUUUUUUGGCCAAAGUCCUUUACUAUGACUAAAGAGCCCAGGCAUCUCACUAAACUGGGAUUUAGGUUCAAGUUUGCGCACCUUACGACAGCCUGGAUUCGAGACCUUUGAUCUCAUGGAACGGUAACACAG